CCCGUUAUAAUGCACCCUGUGAGACCUCCUGCCCGGCCAAGCCGUUUUCUCACCCUGUAGGAGACUUGGAUUUGAGUGUUGAGGCGCCUGGUCUUUACCCCACACCCCCACACCCCCCUCUUUGCCUGGAAUUCCCAUCUCAAGGGGUUUGUUGGGAGGAGGGCUUUUGGAAGUUUGCAAGGGAGAAGGGGCUCCAAUCUUCUUCCCAAAAUCGGUCAAUGCGAGCGUCGCUGCUGCAGAGGGAGCAGUUGCAGCAGGCAACCGACCUGAAUGCAGAAAUUAAAGAGAGGGGUUUGGUUUGGUUUGUUUUUGUUUUUUUCGUGGAACCGGACACGUUUGGAAGGAGCCCUUUAAGCAGCAAGAGAAUAGGGUGUAUAUUUGAAUUCUGCGAGGGGUGUACUGGCUCUUCCCUCGGGCAGCGCUGUGGGACGCGACUCGAUUCAUUUGGAGACACGGGAUACCGACAUCACAAGCACAGAUCCUGUGGCACGUGAACUACCAAGAACCCAAGAACUGCCGGCAAGGUUGAGGUGGCUUAAUGGAGAAGGUGCUGAAACAGGAUUUUAGGAGAUUUUCCUGCGCCUGACUCCCGGACGAAGAUGUAGAUGACGGAGAGGUGCUUUCCCCCUCUGCCUUGGGAUUAAAUCUCUGGGUAGCAGGCCAGGACGUUUCUCUGAGGAAAUGGAUACUUCUUCCCAAAAAUACCCAGUCAAAAAGCGAGUGAAAAUUCAUCCCAACACAGUAACAGUGAAAUAUACUUCUCAUUAUCCCCAGCCAGGGGAAGAGGGAUACGAGGAUUUUCAUGAAGAUACUGGAGUAUUUAUGGAGGAUAAUCCUAAGAAAAGACUACUGAAUGAUGGGAAAAAGAGAGAAAGGACCUUUUUUGGUACAAUAGACACCAAGCCUCAGCCAGCACAACUGCCAAAACCCAAUGAGAUUGAGCAAUCCCAGCAUUUUUCCAAAGGAAAUAUACUGCAGUCGAGGAAAACGUGGGUAGUCCUUUUUGGAUCUGCCGUGGCUCACGGAUGUGUGGCUCUAAUUACAAGAUUGAUUUCCGAUCGUUCCAAAGUGCCAUCCCUAGAGUUAAUUUUCAUCCGUUCAGUCUUACAGGUGCUGUCGGUUACUGUUGUGUGUUAUUACCAUGAGCCUCCCUUUGGCCCCAAAGGCUACAGGCUCCGGCUCUUCUUCUAUGGGGUCUGCAAUGUCAUCUCUAUUACCUGUGCUUAUACUUCCUUCUCUAUAGUUCCCCCCAGCAACGGGACCAUUAUGUGGAGGGCCACCACUACAGUGUUCAGUGCCAUUUUGGCUUUUUUACUCAUAGAUGAAGGAAUGGCUUACAUAGACAUAAUUACUGUAGUCGGCAGUGUGUUUGGUGUUUGUCUGGUCAUGAUCCCCAACAUUGUUAAGGAGGAAAACUCUUUGCUGAGCACCUGGAAGGAAGCUUUUGGCUACACCAUGACCGUUAUGGCAGGUUUGACCACUGCUCUCUCCAUGAUAGUCUAUCGGUCAAUCAAAGAUAACAUCAGCAUGUGGACGGCACUAUUCACCUUCAGUUGGACAGGAACGGUGUGGGGAGCGUCUACCAUGUUCUUACUUCAAGAACCAAUCGUCCCACUGGAUGGAGAAACCUGGAGCUAUCUCCUUGCCAUCUGCCUGUGCUCCACAGCAGCCUUCCUGGGGGUCUACUACGCCCUGAGCAAGUUCCACCCAGCUUUGGUCAGCACGGUACAGCACUUGGAGAUAGUCAUCGCCAUGGUCCUGCAGCUUGUCGUGUUGCGGAUCUUCCCAGGUGCUUAUGAUCUGGUCGGGGGAGCGGUUAUUUUGGUUAGUGUUUUUUUCCUUGCGUGUUACAAACUGUCCUGGAAGAAUUUAGGAAGGCAAGAUUAUCAGGAGAUUGUGGAUUCUUCCAUUAAAUGAAUUGUGGUUUUGCCGUCCCAUCCUGGCUGCGUCACCACGUGAAAGUAACAUAUUUCAGCUCUGCCGUGUUGUAGCGUAGUGGCCGGGUCCUCUCUCUCUCUCUCUCCUCUUUAAAUUCACAGCUGAUGUAGCAACGUUGGUGUUUCCAGAUUUCCAUGACAGGUGAAUUCCUUCCAGCGCGUGCGACCGCUGGCAUUGUGUCCUGUGAGAAAAGCCCAUUUGUCUCCAGCAGGUGAGGCAGAGGGAUUCACCAGCGACUCAUUCCUGUGCGCUGUGGUAGUAGGAAAACAAACAGUUUCGUAUCCUCUGCAACACUUCUUGAGCUUUGGCUGUGUCCUGGUUUGGGCCGUGUUCUAAACGAAGUUAACGCUAAUACUUCUGUGAUUAAAACGCGCAUUUCCUGUGUGUAUAAAGAAUGAGUCAGUAAAGC